AUGGACUUCGAGGAUAUCGAUGAUAUCGAGGACAUUGAGGACAUUGAGGACAUUGAGGACAUCCAGAAUGAACAUCCAGAAAUAUCAAGGCGAUACAUUCGAGACGGGAGUGAUCCGUAUGAUUGUUUUGACGAGGAAAAAUUCCGUAGACGCUACCGUUUCACGAAAGACUCUGUUUUAAAUGGAAUUUUGCCUAAAAUUGAAGCAGGGCUACAUAAAAGUAAUAAUUGCGGUUUACCGAUCCCUCCUGCGAUGCAGCUCUUAAUUUGUUUGCGGUAUUAUGCUACUGCAAGUUUUCAACUUAUUCUGGGAGACACGAUGAAUGUUUCUCAGCCCACAGUCUCCCGCAUAGUAUUUAGGGUGAGUUCACUAAUAGGCAGUCUGGUGACGGAGUAUAUUAAGUUUCCCAGGGAUCCGGACAAUUCCACUCAAAAUCGCAGGUUAUUCAAUAAUCUGGGACACGGAAACGGAGCUAUUGGUUUACCAGGUGUGGAUGGCGCUAUUGAUUGCACCCACAUUAGAUUAACAGCAUCCAGAUUCAACAACAUGGAAGAAAUGUACCGGAAUAGAAAAGGAUAUUUUUCAUUGAAUGUUCAGGCUGUCGUGGGUCCUUGUAUGGAAUUUUUGGAUAUCGUACCAGAGUGGCCUGGCAGUGCUCAUGAUAGCAGAAUUUUUCGUACAUCCCGAUUACACAUGCGAUAUGUGACAGGAGAAUUAGAUGGAAUCCUUAUCGGGGAUGGUGGAUAUCCAUGUCUGCCUUUUCUUAUGACACCCCUGCGGAAUCCCCAGACUGAAGAAGAAAUAAGGUACAAUGAAAUCCAGAUCAGGACCCGACAAAUAGUAGAGAGAACGUUCGGUGUGUGGAAGCGCCGUUUUCCAUGUCUGUCAAGGGGUUUAACAACGAAGCUAUUAUGUUCCACAACAACGGUAGUUGCAUGUGUUGUGUUGCACAAUUUAGCCCUCAUUUUCAAUGACACUCUUAUUCAAGAAGAUGAAAUUGAAAUCGAAAAUGAAGAUGGAGAAGCAUUAUUGGGAAACAUGGAAAAUGAUAAUGGCGUUGAUGGAUUUGCUACACGUGAAGCACUCAUUGCCCGUAUGUUUAAUUAA